AGCAACUUCAGAGCGACGACAGCCCGAACUCGUUUCACUUCAAAGUAAAUAAACAGGAAUUCCCAUUUUUUGCCUAUCCCCCGACUCCGCUUUUAUCCAUUGGAACCUUUGCGUGCGUGAUGGCUAAGAGUUGCCAUUGGUGUCGCGUGUCGCGUGCUUGCGUAGUGCAGAUCAACGUGGUGCUGAUAGUGGUGGGACUGAUCUUUAUGCUGGACGUUGUUGGGCACCACUACUUGAGGUCCCACAUUUUUCCCGGCCUCCGACUCUAUCCCGUUGCCCUACGAGACUGGCUGUUCUGGGUGCGCGGCCUGACCUUGCUGGUCUACAUUCUGAACGCGAUCCUUGGAAUCCGUAUGGCCCUGAACCCAAGCAUCUUGAAGUUUGCCUUGUAUGUGCUAAUUGGAUUGGUGGACCUUCUUUAUACCCUUACCAUCGCGGUCACACGGUUCAUGUACCGGGAGAAGUUUGAGUACUUCGCGCGGCACGUUGCCCUCGAGUUCUGGGCCAAGGACGAGCUGGGCAAGAUAGAAGAGGAGUUCAAAUGCUGCGGCGUGCUGGGCGUGAUCGACUACCAGACGGAUUCGAGCAAUCGCACUUGGAGCAGCGGCUCCUGCUGCGAGAAGCCAGAGUGUUCCGGAUGCAUCUGGAAUAUCAAGAAGUACUUGGGGACAAUCGAGAUGGAAGUGGCGAGGGACAACUUUUUCGUCUCAAUUUUUCUGUUUGUGGGCUUAAUUUUUAUGCUUGUCCACUUCAAGGACGCACAGUUCCAUGAUGAUCCAUACGAGGACGACUCCGAGGAUGACACUGAAGAGAGCCUGGACCCCCCCAGGUGGGGUGCCUCCUAAAUAGGAAGACGCAGUCGCCCAUGACGCUAAUUCAGGGAAAAAUUACGGGCCUCUGCCCUCUCCGCUCAAUUGAACUUUAAUCCAGCAUUUUUGCCCAACGACUCUGGCAUGCCGUUUUGUCUGCUAGCUUGUUGCGGCUCAUUAACUGCGAAACCAAUGGCCCACACAAUUAUUACAUCCAGCCAGCUUCUACUAAUAUCGGCACUUAAUUAGCUCUCAAAGUAAAA